CUUUUACUGACACACCCAAAAGGAGAGGAAAAGAAAUUGUUGACUUGUCACUUCUGCCUAAUAAGUGACUGGAUUUUAUGGCCUCUGCUGGAGAAGCUACCUGGAUGGUUGGAAAUGGAGCAGCUCGUGCUGCACCUCUGCUGAGCAAGGCUUUCUGCAAGGAAUACAAGCAUCGAGGUGCCUUAAGUUAAACCAUAUGCAAGUUGCACUAGUUGUUGUAACUGUACUGCUGAAACCACUCCAGACUUCUCCAGGGCUUUCCAAGGCAGUAGCUCCUCACACAGUUUGGAUGUUUCUGAUUGACAUUUGAAUGUUUUCAUCCAAUCUGGUGUGGCUGUGAAAAGUGAGCUUUUCCCUGUGAAGUUCAUGGUGGGCUUUGCAGCCUCACUUCCCAGUGUGGUCUGUGCUAUGGCAGCGACCUACAGGCUGAUGGUGACUUCAGUGAACUGCUACAGCAGCGUGGUGGUAGAGCAGCACUCCCAGCACACUGUGCACUACUGCACAGGCUCCUGCCAGCUCCUCAAACAGGGACUCACCUGCAUAGUUGCACACCACAGUGUCUGUGCAGAGCUCAGUGUCCAAGAUACCAACCUGGACCAUAAAAUUCCUGUUCCUGAAAAUGGUCUUGCCUUGGCUGGAAAUGAGGACUAUCACCAAAUCCACCCAAAUAAUCCAAGAAUCAAGAAGGGCUCUUCAGUGCAAGCAUCCAGCAGUUUAAAAGACAUUACUGGUGAGGCAAUAAACCUUGCCAGUGGUAAAAUAAAGGAAUUCUCCUUUGAAAAGCUAAAAAACUCUUCCAGUCAUGUGGCCUACAGAAAGGGAAGGAAAGUUCGGUCAGAAUCUUUCAGCAGACGAUCCUUUGAUUUUGACUUGAUUUACGGGCACUUUAACAAUGAUGAGAACUGCCCUCCAUGUGGCUUUUUGCAGAGUCCCUCACCUGUGGAGAAAUGGCAGGAGAGCAACGAUGCUCCAGAAGUCACCAUGAAUCCUGUGGUUCCCUUCAGCCCUCAUUCCUUCCCUGAAGAAAACUUCAUUACCCAGAUUUUAGAAAAACACAAGCUAGAUGGUUCUUCUGGUGGGGACAUUAAGGUGUGCCUGGACAUCUUGCUCAAGUGCUCAGAGGAUCUGAAAAAGUGCACAGACAUAAUCAAACACUGCAUCAAAAAGAAGUCUGCAGAUGUUGGUGGAGGGAGCAGCAAUGAUCCCCUGGCUAAUUCAGAGAUGAUAUACAUGAAUCUGAUGACAAGAUUUUCUUCCUACCUGAAAAAGCUGCCCUUUGAGCUGAAGACAGCGGGGCAGAGAGAAGCAAGUGACUGGGCAGAGCUGGUGAACUGUUUCCAUGGUUUGCAGCAAACUCCCUUUCCCCUGGUAUUUGGUGAUGAGCAGCCACCCAGGUAUGAAGAUAUCAUUCAGCUGCCAUCCUCAAGUGCAGUUCCUCUCGUUCUACCAGGUCAGAGUGAGGUGACAAGCACCUCCCAGUCCAUCCAGACAGGUACUGUGAGCUUCACCUCUAACUCCCUGCCCGGUGUCCCUCCAGAGAGCAGCGUGAGAGCUGUGAAAGAUGCUCUACCUCAGUCACCAGCCCCGAGCCCCUGCGACUGCACAUCUGCCACCGAGGCACUGUACAUCGAGGAGGAGUCUGAUGGGCACAGAGCAGCAGGGACAGAGAAGAAGGCAGAGCAGAAGAGGGGCUGGCAAAGCCUGGAGUGCAGCUAUGAGCGAGCAUCAGACCUUCCUGCUGAUGCUAAAGCAGAGCAGGCCAGGGUGGGAGAUGCUCCAGAGAAAACUGCUCCUUUAAAACCAGUGUCAGAUCCUGUGUUUUGUGGUGCCCAAGCUGCUGUCCCCAAGGGAGCCCAGACAUGCAGUAGAGUGGACAAGGAGGAGAUAGACAAACUGCUGCUGGACUUGGAGUGCUUCUCACAGAAAAUGGAGAGUACUCUGAGGGAACCCUCUCAGAAGGAGGGUGAACCUGCCUCACUGCAGCUAUCUGGCAGGCAGGGUAGACAGGCUCCACCACUGGCUCUUGAGCCCAAAAGUAAACCUGCUGAUCCCCCUUCUUCUUUGUCAAAAAUCAUGGAAACCAACGGUCAUAAAAUGGAAGAGGAUGACAAAGCCCUUUUACUGCGUAUCCUGGGAAGCAUUGAGGACUUUGCCCAGGAGCUGGUGGAAUUCCAGACAGGCAAGGGGAGUUUGUCCAAGGAGAGGGAAGUGAUGCAAAUUCUCCAGGAAACUUUAGCAACUCCUUCACAGUCCCUACUUGCAGGGCAAAAAAGCCAUGUUGGGGCCACUUCCAGAGACUCUGUUCCAGCUUCAAUUCAGCAGGCCCCAGAAGUAAUAAAGGCUCAAAGUAAACAAGAGAAGAAGGCAGGAACUUCAUCCCCAGCCCCUCUGCAGCCUGUGGUUAGCACUUACACUCCUCUGCCUGUGAAUAAAGCCACCAGCAGUACCCCUGUGCCCAUAAACAUUCCACGUUUCUACUUCCCUAAAGGACUCCCAAAUGUCUGCACUAACCAUGAAGAAAUCAUUGCCAGGAUUGAAGAGGCCUUUACAGAGUUUGAAGAUGAAAAAGCAAACAUCUGUGAAAUGGGGAAAAUUGCUAAGAUAUGUGGCUGCCCACUCUACUGGAAAGCACCUCUGUUCAGUGCGUCAGGGGGAGAGAGGACAGGACGUGUCUCUGUGCACUCUUUCGUUUCCAUGUGGAGAAAAAUCCUGCGGAACUGCCACGACGAUGCCUCCAGGUUCACUUCCCUUCUGGCAAAGCCUGGCUGUGACUGCCUACAACAGGAGGACUUCAUCCCACUGCUCCAGGAUGUGGUGGAAACACAUCCUGGCCUCACGUUCCUGAAGGAUGCUCCGGAGUUCCAUUCCCGGUAUAUUACAACGGUUAUACAGAGGAUAUUCUACACAGUCAAUCGAUCCUGGUCGGGGAAGAUCACUCUAACAGAGCUGAGGAAAAGCAACUUCCUGCAAACUCUUGCUCUCUUGGAAGAAGAGGAUGACAUAAAUCAGAUCACAGACUACUUCUCCUAUGAGCACUUUUAUGUUAUAUACUGCAAAUUCUGGGAGCUGGAUACUGACCAUGACCUUUACAUCAGCCAGAAGGACCUGGCUAGGUACAGUGAUCAAGCUUUGUCAAACAGAAUCAUUGAGCGGAUAUUCAGCGGUGCUGUGGUGAGAGGCACUGAAGUUCAAAAGGAAGGACGCAUGAGUUACGCAGAUUUUGUGUGGCUCCUGAUUUCGGAGGAAGACAAAAGGAGUGCUACAAGCAUUGAGUACUGGUUCCGCUGCAUGGACCUGGAUGGGGACGGGGUGCUGUCCAUGUACGAGCUGGAAUACUUCUAUGAGGAGCAGUGUGAGCGCAUGGAGGUGAUGGGCAUAGAGCCACUGCCCUUCCAGGACCUGCUGUGCCAGAUGCUGGACCUUGUUAAGCCAGAGAGGGAAGGACGAGUAACCUUGCGAGACCUGAAGAGGUGCAGAAUGGCUCAUGUGUUCUUCAACACCUUCUUCAAUUUAGAGAAAUAUCUGGACAAUGAACAGAGGGAUCCCUUUGCAGUGCAAAAGGACAUGGACAGCGACAGCCCCGAGCCCUCAGACUGGGACAGGUAUGCGGCUGAGGAGUAUGAGAUCCUGGUGGCCGAGGAGUCUGGGAAUGAGCAGCUCCAGGAGGGAUCAUGUGAAGAAGACUAUGACACAGAUGAAGUCUUACCUCCCCCUGAAACUGGAGACAAGUCAGACAAACUAGUUAUCUCAGAUCUCUGAGCAUAGAGAAGUGGUAGACAGCUCAUGUCUUUCAAACUGGAUAGCAUUCAGUCCCAAGGCACUUGGGGGUUUUCCUUAAAUCUGUCAUUGGAACAAUGUGCUUUAUUUUGUACACUGAAACUUGAGACCCCUUUUUGUCUUCCUGUGUAAUUGCAAUAAGGUAAUUUCUAUGAAAAGGCUUUUUACAAUGUAUUAUUGUGCACACUCACUGAAAAUGGUGAUUGCACCUUGUUUCAUUUAUAUAUAAAUUCUGUUAUGUCCCCAGAUGUGCAAUAAAUGCCAGCAUCUAACGAUUACCUGCAACAGCUGCAUGCAACAUCGAUAGUGGUCGUUUCUCAGUCAGUUCUGUCCUAUGCCACUCUGUCCCCUUGGCUUUAUACCAGGAGUGACAAAAGAGCUGCCAAAUUAACUUAAAUGUGUGUCUAGAAAUCUUUUAAAACAUAGGUCAUAGUGAAGUUCUUUUUUUCCUUCCUGUCCUGGAAAUGAAGGGAAUGUGCCUGUGCAUGGGGAGAGUGAAGUCCCUUUGUGCUUUGCCCCCAAGCUCUUAACACUGGCUGCUGGACUGUUUCACUGCUGUGGAUCUGAGAGCAGUUUCAGCACUAGACCACGUCACGUUCUCUAGGAAUCUGAGAUAGAGUUACCUGUUCUAUGUUCCCUCCUGUGCUGAUCUGCCUCUGGCCAGAGCUUUGUCUGUGUAGAUUUCUAUUUGGUGGAAGUGUUUUGCAGAGUAUUCACAGCAAAUAUGGAUCUCUGCUGUUGAGCUACCGUGUUGAGACUGCUGUGCUUGGUGUGCACCGGUUCCGUCCAUUGCUGUGUUCUCCUCCUCUCCUGUAGUCUUCUUUAACCUGUAGCCAAGAGACUAAGCUGAGAUAAUGAAAAAAAAAACCACCUUCUUUUAACUAGUAAAGGAAUUAGUCUGUAUUAUUGCCAGAAUUAAUUUUUCUCCCGGCUCAGGGAGGAAAUGCUCUAACUAAUGAAUUCUUGCUUUAAGUGCAAAAUUAAACCAUCUUCUCCCUAGAAUCAAAAGUGGUAUCUCUGCUCCCAGCACACACUGCUGCUGCAGCUGUCCCCUCCUGGCCAGCAGGAACUGUCUGUGGUUCAGCACAGGGGUGAUUAGAAUAAAUUCUUAAUUUUAGCCCUCAUACAAUCAGGUCUGGGCCCUCCCAUCUGUGCCCAGUGUGUAAUGCUGGGCUGCUGUGUGUGCACUGUAUCAUCUAUCUCCUGUUACCUCCCUGUGAGAGCCUCAAGCUGUGCCUCCUGCCAGAAUUCCUGGGAGAUGCCUGCCCUGUUCCCAGCAGGCCCCUGCUGCCCUCCCUGGAGGCAGAGCACAGCCGGGCAGUGGAGUGUCCCCAGGGACAGGACAGGAUCCCUGCGGUACCUCCAGGGCUCAGUAUCCAAAUGAGGAAUGGGCUGAUCACUCCAGUGCAGUCUGGGCUUUUCCAGGAGUCUCUGAAGCCCAAGCCCUGCCUGCCACUGCCCAGGGGGAUGUGCUGCUGCCUUCCUGGGGUCAGAAUUCUCCAACAAUCAAACUCGGUAAGAGAGAAGGGUUUCAGUUGAAAUGACCAGAUGCACGCACACCGCCCAGGAUCCUGGACUUGGUAUUUGGGAAACUUCUGGAUGCCCACGUUGUUAGCAAAGGCCCUGCCAGGUGAUCUGCAUCCCAUAGUAACAGAUGAAGCAGGGAGCACUCUGACCAAGCCCCUGGAAUGCAGCAAGCACACAGUGGGUCUGGAUGCCUUCUCCAUCACUGCCAUAACCUCGAAGGGAAAAUCUUCCCUAGGGUGAUUCCACAAAUGCCCAAAUGCAGAACCACUGAGGAACUGACUGUGGGAAUGGACACAGGAUGCAAGUCCCACAGCUGCUGCUUGUAACCUGCUCCAGCCACGUUUCUCUGAGAAGAACCUGGGCACAGCAGGAGUUCACCCGUCUCUCACUGCCCAGAGGGGCCUUUCAGUUUGAUGUCCCUUUACAUCUCUCCAAAGACUCAGAUUCCUCAAAAGGAACAAAGAAGAACCUAACCCCAUUCUGGGCUGAAAUAGAGCCCUCAUGGUCCUCCAGCAGUAGCAAUACUGCAAUGUCUCAUUUGCCAUUCUGUCAUCCACCACUUCAGGGUCUUUCUUAUCUGCCUUUUGCAGAGGGCCUUUAACUCAA